UCUCGGAUUCCAGAGUUUGCGCAUUAGCUCACCAAACCUCUGCACCAGGAGGAACAUGAUGUCCCCCGGUGGCCUGCGGAUCCCCCUGUAGUUUUCCUCUUCCAGGAAGUAGUUUCGCAAUGGUGGAACAUUGGAAAAAGCCUGGGUGGAAAAAGCAAACCCGAAAUGGUUCGGAUUAUUUUUUUUAAUGUAUGACGAUGUCCAUUGAAGGUCCAGGAGGCAGUUAAAUGUACCUGUAACACCACGUUGGCGUAGUCGUUGGCUUUGAUGUUGUUGAGACCUACAAUGCCAGGCAGGUAGGUUGUACCAUCAUAGGCUCGGUACAGUUUACCCUGCUUGUCCAGCCCUCCAAUGUGCUGCUUGGUGAAAGUUGGUUUCAGCACAUACUGUAAAGAAAGCGUAAACAGAUUACUAACACCAAAGUGCAUUUUAUACAGUAUGGUACUUUUUACUUGGCACCUCAAUAUUGACAUUGUGAGACUUUGAGAAACACCUUUGGUGGUUAAAACAGUAUCUAACUUAUCAGAGUAUGAUACCAUCUCAUUCAAGAAACAAUAAGAAUUAUACACUACAGUCGAUUAUUUUAUUUUUUUUAACAUGGUGCUAAACAUGAAAAUGGUCUGCUAUCAUAAUUAAAAUAUUGGCAUACCAUCAGCCUGUUAACUUACCGUGAUGUCUUCUAGUGAAGAGUCAAUGAUCUCAUAGUUGUCAGGCAGACAGUAAAACUUGAGAGUGUGCAGAUUCAGGAACACAUGAUGGGUAAACUGCACACUGUGCGUGUAGGCAUGAGACUUCAAACCUCUACCUGCAGGGAUACAAGCAUACAUGAGUGAAUCAGUCCCAGCACAAGGUGUUUGAUUCCUUAGAAAAUGUUAGAUCAUUCACUUACCUUGAAAGUAUUUCCCACAUAUAAGGCAGGCGUAUACAUUGAUGUGGGAGAGGGAUAUGGAGCACAGUUUCUCAAAGUCAAAGUCCAGCACACUCCUGAUGGACAAAUAGACAAGACUGGGAAUCAGCUGUAGAGCAAUGGAUGAAGGCAGGGCUAACUAGCAUUUAGCACCAACAUUAGCAAUGCAAAUUCAACUAUAUCUUACCUGUUUAUGGUGUCGAGGUAAGGACAAUGGCGGCUCCUCCGGUCUUCUGCUGACCGUCCUCGGCCUACUUUGGCUUCCACUGCAACAGGAGGUAAAACAAAACAAUGUUCAAUCAGCGGAAUGUAAUCUAACGUUAGCCAAACAUGCUAACUGACCUAGCCUUUUGGUUGUUAUGAGAUGAUCGACUUGAUGCACAGAGUAAAUAUGAACGGUGGUACAUUUCUUUAACCAGCUAAAACUGUACUGUAGAGUUACUUGUUGACCUGCAUGUUUGUGACUGGAACAAAUGAAUAAAAUGAAACGCACUUUGUACCAGUUUCUAGUAGCACUAGUUAGCUUCCUGCUAACUAAACGCAGCACAGACGUUAGAAGUAAAUACACGUACCUCUGUCUUCGUCGUCAUCAUCCUCGUCGAACUCAGGCUCUCUUUCUCGCUUCAAAGAAACUAUCAUAGCGGUGUCCUUGGGAAAUUAAUGCCAAAACAACAGAGAAGGCACAACUUUAUUUGGACCAGAUGAAUGGGCAGCACGGUGCGCGUUGGUCGAAACUCGCGGUGGAUAUACCUCGCAAAUGGCCCACCAAAACCUAACACGGAGAUGCCAGCCUUUUUGCCCCUUGAGUUGUUCAAUGCCAAUACAACAGUGGUGGAAAAAGUACUCAGAUCUUACACUAAAGUAAAAGUGGAAGUACCAGAGAGUAGGAAUACUGGAUUACAAGUGAGAUUCCAACAUUCAAAAUCUUACUCAAGUAAAAGUACAAAAGUAUUGGCAUCAGAACAUACUUAAAAGUACCAAAAGUAAAAGUACUCCCAUUUCAAAAUAAUAUACUAUACGUUUUGAUUAUAUUUAUUGAUGAAUUAUGUGUUAAUCAAAGCUGGUUAAUGUGGAGCUAAUUUGUGUUAUUUAUUUACUGGUGUAACCACAUUAUUAUAAAAGUGUUCCAAAUCUGAAAAGUAACUAUAGGUAAUUAAUAAAUGUAGUGGAGUAAAAGUACAAAAUGUACCUGAAUUGUAGUGGUGUGUAAGUAAUUAGCCGAAGAUUGAGAUACCAUGUUAAGUACUGUACUUUAAAAUUGUACUUAGGCACAGUACUUGAGUACAUCUAUCUACUGUAUCACAAAUAUAUUCAUUUGAUGAUUUUGUGAAAACAUAACCUCAUUUUUUCAUGUAUAUUUUUUUAAUAUAAAGUUUCUGAUGUGGUUUGUUUAAGAAAUUGUGUCUUUAAAACAAUGUUUAUUUUUCGAACUAUUAUUAAAAUGUAAACUCAGGGAUUGUUUUAGUUGGACAACGACUAACUGUUAGCUAGCAUGUAGCUUUUUGUCAUGUCUAUGGAUCUGCCCGAGACUUGUUGCAAUCCUUAGCGUUUGUUACCUCACAAAUAUUAUCACCGCAUUGGAGCUUUUUGUUGAAAUGGAUAUUUUAAGAGACGAUGAAGUGAACGACCUGAAAUACAAACGUGCGGGGCGCUUGGAUAUGAGCCACGGCUUCCUGCACCAUAUCCGGAGGAACCAGAUUGCUAGAGAUGACUAUGAUAAAUCGGUGAAGCAAGCAAAAGAGGUGCAGCAAGCAAAAGAGCUCCAGCGGAGGAGGAAUACCACGACCCCUAGACGACCCCGUCGACCUGAUAUCCAGGUGUAUCAUCCUCGACGCAGAUAUGAUUCAGAGCCAGGGGCCGGUGCUGAGGCAGAGGACUCCAAUGAAAGCGGCUCAAGCACAGAAACAGAGACCCAUGGUACUGAACUCUUUUGGCUCGACUAUCAGGCGGACUCUGGUACCAUUACCUCUUUUCUUGUGCACAAGGAGGACAAGCCUGAGAGGUUGGUGCAGCGUGUAGCAGAGAAAAACAUCCUGGAUUCAGCCAUGAGAGCAGCUCUAGAGGCUCGACUUCGAAAGGAAAUUGACAAAAGACGAGAAAAACGCUGACUGAACAGAAGAUUGUGAUGACAUGGCGGGGCUUCAGGCAAAGACAAGGAAUACUUCAUUUGCAGUACUGCGCUCUUACAAAGGAUGACUGCUGUUGACAGUGAACAAUGAGAACUCUGGGAGCAUGUGCUGUCCGCAGAGAUGUAGCUUAAAGAGCCUCAGUCAAACCAGCGUCUGUUUUCGCGAGGAACUGUACUUUCAGUCGGCAACAAUACACAGAUUGGUGCAGUCAGGUUUCUGUUUACUACAUUUCUCUCACUUUGGAUUGUUACCUCAUACCCUCAUUCAUGACUUUAAGGAUGGUUUUUACACCUUCAAGUUCACUGGACCUAAAAAGUGACGUUGAUGGUUUCAGAAAGUUAAAGUCAGAGAGGUGUGAGUAUGCUUUCACAGAGAGCACUGCCCACCUCCCUCCUCAAGGUUUCAAGGUUUCAAGGUUUUAUUUGUCAUAUGCACAGCAGAUACAGCGUAUAUGUUGGCAAUGAAAAUCUUAUGUCGCGUGCUCCUCCAACAACUCAACAUACAUGGUGCAAAAGAUAAAUAAAAUAGUGAAAAAUGUACUGAAUUUCUCGUGUUUACAAAUAUCUAGUUUUAUAAACAAAAUGUUUACUUUGAUGGUAAAAUGCUGUGAAUGGAGGAUCAGUGAUUUUGUAUUUAAAAAUGUGAGAAUAUCUUGUUUUUCAUGUUGAGUUGGAGAGAUCAGUGGAGGUGGCCCUGAUAGUAUGUUUGUGUGUUUUCUGUCUUUUGUUGUUUUCAGUAUUCUUAUUUAUUUUUGAUUGUUGAAAUACUUUUAUUUUUGAUACUGUAAUAUUUUUGAGGAGAUACCUCUUGACAUGAAAUGACAUAUAUACUGUACAUAAAAGCCAUUUAUAAAGACUCCAAAUGAGUCUGGAUUUGUGGAAUUAAACGGCCAUAACGUGUGAA